CAAAUUUAAACUUGUGAUCGAAACUUAUAAUCUUGCGAUUAUAAGGAACAAUAUUACUGCUGUUUCAGGGUUCGCCCUGAAAUAUAUUGAAAUAGUCUUACUAAAUUAAAUUAUUGAUUUGUUCAUUUAUUUUUUUUGUCCUUUCUUGCAAGUGUAUGUGUAUAUAUAAACACUCCAUUACUACUUGAUUGAACAUGCAUUUUUUCUUACUGCUAUAGUUAGCUAGCUACACUGAAAACCUUAGAAAGAAAAAUAAUCAAUAUAUUGAAGUAAGUUUUGUCCAAUAUUCAUAAUUUUCUUGCAGAUGAUAGGGUUGGAAGAUGUGUAUAAGGUAGUGGUAGCGGUGGUGCCACUCUACUUUGCUCUGGUGUUAGGGUAUGGUUCAGUAAGGUGGUGGAACAUCUUCACAAGGGAACAGUGUGAUGCAAUAAAUAAGCUUGUGUGUUACUUCACCUUGCCAUUCUUCACCUUCCAGUUCACCGCACACAUCGAUCCUUUCAAGAUGAACUUCAUGUUUAUCGUUGCAGACACAAUAUCCAAGUUCGUCAUAGUGGCGGUGCUUGCCCUUUGGGCCAAGUGUAGUAGCAAAGCGAGCUCUUGUUGGUUUAUAACAAGCUUCUCUUUGUGCACUCUUACAAACGCUCUUGUUGUGGGUGUGCCAAUGGUUAAGGCUAUGUAUGGACCCUUAGGGGUUGACCUAGUUGUUCAAGCCUCGGUUGUGCAGGCUAUCAUAUGGCUCACUUUGCUUCUCUUUGUCUUGGAGUUUCGAAGAGCGGGAAUCGAGGGUACCACUACCUUGAAAUCCAAAGCAAAAACAACAAACAUGACGGGUGAAUUAGGUGGAGAAGGGAAAGAUGUAGAGGCAACUACUACUACUGUAGCUUUGGAUGUGAAUGAGGAAUUGGUAUUAGAAGAUACUACUGUUAGUAGUAAGCCUCCUUUCUUCAAGUUGAUGAAGCUUGUGUGGAUCAAACUUAUAAUGAACCCAAACACCUAUGGUUGUGUCAUUGGCGUUUCCUGGGCUUUCAUUUCUAACAGCAGGUGGAAUUUGGAGAUGCCAAGCAUGAUAGAGGGGUCUGUAUUGAUCAUGUCAAAGGCAGGGACGGGCACUGCCAUGUUUAGUAUGGGUAUUUUCAUGGCACUUCAGGAGAAGGUGAUUUCGUGUGGACCAAGUCUGACUGUGUUUGGUUUGGUUUUAAAGUUCAUUGCGGGACCAGCAGCUAUGGCUAUUAGUGCAAUUGUUGUAGGAUUGCGCGGUGAUGUUUUACGAGUCGCCAUCAUUCAGGCAGCAGUACCACAAUCUAUCACAUCCUUCAUUUACGCUAAAGAAUAUGGAGUGCAUCCGGAGGUUCUUAGCACUGCGGUGAUCUUCGGUAUGAUUGUUUCGCUUCCGGUCUUAAUUGCCUAUUACGCAAUAUUGGAGUUUGUUGGACUCUGAGAGAUCCCUUUUAAAAACAUAAGAAACAAAAUGAUCGAGAAAAUAGGGAUAAUUCUAACUUUUUUGCUUCAAGGUUGAACUGAAACUAUAUAGCAAUCCAAUUGUAUCAUGGAUGCCUGCGUUAUAAUUUGUACCAAUUAUCCCUUGCAAUGUAACACAAGCCUUGAAUCCAUCUAUGUUUUGAUGCGUA